AAACUAGUCUUCUCCGAGAAUAGCGAACGUCGGGGCGAACAUCAGCCAUUGUUCCGUUCGCCUGUUUGAAAUAUUUUUAUGCGAUUCAAAUGUAAAUUUAAAAACCAGUAUUUGUAAUAUAAAUUAGCGGAUAGCCAUUCUUCACUAUGGCUCUUCCAAGCUACAAGAAUCCACCCACUGUUUCUCAGAGUACACCACAACGCUCUGGGCGUGGUUAUUCUAAUUCCAGUCAGUCAGCAUCUGGUGGGGGUUGUUCUUCGUCCAGCAGUAGUCCAUUUUACUUUAGUGGACAAGGCCAUCCCUCUUUCACUCCCAUCCGUGUUGGCUCCAAAGCUAUAACGUUAAUAAAAAGACCCACAGAAAAACAUUUGAAUGAUGCCAAAAUUCCCAAACCACCAAAACCUCCAGAUAAGCCUCUUAUGCCAUAUAUGAGAUACAGCCGUAAGGUAUGGGACUCAGUAAAGGGAGCCAACCCAGACCUAAAAUUAUGGGAAAUUGGUAAAAUCAUUGGACAGAUGUGGCGGGAAUUGUCCGAAAAAGAGAAACAGGAGUAUAUGGAUGAAUACGAAGCAGAGAAGAUCCAGUACAACGAAGCAAUGAAAGCCUACCACAAUUCUCCCGGUUACCAGGCAUGGAUUGCUGCAAAGGGAAGACUCAAAAAUAUUGCCGAAACUGAAGAUGAAGAACGAGAAAAACCUCGACAACAGAAUACUUUGCCUGACAAAAGUAACUUGAAUUCCAGUAAAAACGGUUAUGAUGGGAUUAUAGAGAAAGAAGUAGCUGGAAGGGGACCAAGACGAGUAAGACAGUCCAAAUCUGAUUCACCCAGGAUUAGCAUACAACCUGCGGAUGAUGAAGAUGAUUUUGAUGAUGGUCUUUCUGUGAAGCAUAUUGCCCAUGCUCGUUAUUUGAGGAACCACCGUCUCAUUAAUGAAAUAUUCAGUGAAACUAUGGUUCCUGAUGUUCGCACAGUUAUUAUGUCUACUCGGAUGAGUGUCCUGCGGAAGCAAGUCUCUUCUUUAACCAACCAUCAGGUAGAUCUUUCACUACUUGAUGUUGAAAUGGUAGUGAAGACUGCUUUUGUACAGAGUAGUAUCAACUUAGAUUUUGUUCGAAUUAAUUUUGAAAAUAAUCUGUGUGAAAGCAAACCACAGAUCACAGAUGAAGUAUUUGCUAAUAUGCUUGCAAAAGUCAAGGAAGAGCUUCGUCAACGGCAUGCACAGUUUCUGCAACAACAGCAACAGGCAAAGACUGCUGCUGCUUUACAUCAGCAGUUACCAUUGUCAUCAUCACCACAGCAACCUCCGUCAACGCCAACACCCCCAGUUGCUUCCAGUAUGUCACCUGCCACUCCUGGAAGUUCAUCAGCAGCAACGCCUGGCCCACCAGAUUUGGACAUGCAGGAGAGUGAGAUUUCCACAAAACCUAAAGACGAAGAAAAAUGUGACACAGUUGAGAAAAUGGAAAUUGAAGAAUCAAAGAGCAAUGUGGAUUCUACAUCAAGUGAUAAACCCGAACCAUCUGAAGUGAAUAAAGAGGAAGAAGAAUUAGAAACGCCAGUAACACCAGCAGCACCUGCUGCAGUGUUGAAAACAGAAGAGCCUGAUCCACUUCCAGAACCGAAGACUCCUGUUUCAACUUCAGAAUCAACUACACCACCUGCGCCAUCAACGACGACUGAAGAACCCUCUUCAGCACCUCCAGAAACCCCUGUAAAUGAAUCUGAUAAAACUGAAAAUCCUUCCCAGCUGCCACAGGUCACUGAGGUAUGUCACAUUGAAUAUACUCUUAUAAUUUUCCAUUGAAACGAUAGUUUUUCG